AUGACGAAGCCGAUGCCACUUAUAGAACGUGCUGACUCCCAAGUAGCUGCGCUGCUCCUCACGCGAUGCAUCUCCAGACGAGUAGCCUACCUCAUUAGAACGACACCGCUCCACCUACUCCCCCGCGACACCUGGAGCCAGUGGGGUCGGGACCUGCUCAUUACCUUACUCACCUCAUGCGACAUCCGCAUGCCAACGUGUCGCACCGAGCAAGCGCGUGUGUGGGAGCAGGCGUCGCUGCCCACGUCGCUGGGCGGCAUAGGCAUUACAGACCCGCUCAUAGAAGGGGUCUACGGCAGUUCCGUUGACGGGCUCGCUAGCGCGUUGGCGUGUCCGUUGGCGGGCUCGUGGACGGUUCCGUUGGCAGGUCGGUUGGCGGGCUCGCUGCCGUGCUUUUUGGCGGAUCCGCUGGCGAUCUUGCCGGCGAGCUUGCUAGCGCGCUGGUGCAAUGGCGAGGAGGAGGAAAAGGGAGGGGGCUGGGGGGUCAAUGGGGCUUCAGUACCCCUGCAGCCUCGGCUGCCAAUCCCACCACUCCCCCCCCCCACGGCGCCCGUCGAAGCAGUGCGCAGCAAGUGGAGGGGCGGCGGGAAGCGGGCUGGUGCAGGCGCGUAUGCUCCUGUUGUUGGCCGCGUGCUGGCGAGGGGCGUGCGCGCUCCUGCUGCUGGUCGCGCGCUGGUGAGGGGCGUGCGCGCUCUUGCUGCUGGUUGCGCGCUGGCGAGGGGCGCGCGCUCCUACUGCAGGUCGCGCGCUGGCUGGCAGUGCGGGCGCGCUACUAGUGCUGAGCUGGAAGGAGGCGCGCGCGCUACUAGUGCCGGUCGCGCGCUGGCGUGCGGGUCGUGCCAUAGGGCCUGCUGCAGGGCGCGUUAG